AUGUCUGGAAACGCUAAACGAGGUGGUAGAGGUGGUAGACAAACACGUAGCUCAAGCCGUAAUUCCCAAGCAGGUGGAAGUAGGCCAACUAGUCCUGAAAACCAGUUCACCUUCAGUGCACCGAAGGAAACUGCUUCUCGUCAUGAGAGUAUUUGGAAAACAUAUCAAAAAAAGCUGCAACCAACUUCUGAUAAAAAGAUGACAGAAGCCAUGGAAGCGGAACGUGCUAUGGACAUGGAAAAAAGUAUUGUUCAGGAUACUUAUGGCUUAAACUCCAAAUCUCCUUCUGGUAACGUCAAAGGAAUAGCUACUGAAAAGUCCAAGGCGGUCGCGAAAGAUUUGUCACGUGACCCUCCCUUACCUCCGCAGAAUAUUGUUAACAACGUGAAUGGAACCAAUAAGGUUCCAACUCUUAACAAAGAAAUUACUUCAACUCCUCAUACGGAUCAACAACAAUCUGUUGUAUUGCCUAAUCAGGAAAAGAUUAAUCUGCAAGCCGAUCAAGGGUCCCAGCCCAUGGAUGUUGAUCCUAGUAUUUCUAACAAAGACCCAUCGAUCGUUACUAUAGAAAAAGUAAAAGAGCACAUUGCACUUGUUCCAUUCGGUGAGCUUAUUGGAGGAAAAGGUUUAAAAACUACUAAAAUUAAAAAGGCGCUACAAACCUAUAAUAUCCAGUAUAACAAACAACUUCCAGUUACCCCGUUGGGGAAACAAGGGGCCAAGGAGCAAAAAGAAGGUGAUUCAGGUGAAGUGUUUAAUGUGAAACUCCAACCUACCCCAUUAAGGCCUGAAAAGGUGGUUGUUACAAAUGAAAAGGAUAGUGAUACAUCACAAAAUUCCAAUAGUCGUACAAUUCAAGUGAUCGAUAUUCCCGUGUUUCGACAGGUACGCAAAAUUUGUGAGUCCUUUGAAGAUCUUGGCGAAAUUAAGAAAAUUUAUACGAGAGGUGCUGGUCUUUACCAAGUUGCUUUCAUUACUUAUAAGGAUGCUACUUCUAUUAAUUACUUUAAGGAGCAAUGGAGCUAUCAUAUUAAUAAAGACAUAGUUAGAGUCUUACCCCUGUUAUUGAGCAAGGAGGAACGCGAGAUAAGGAAGCAAUUCUCAUUAAGAUUAUCAGGUUUACAUUAUCAAACUAGUGGUUAUGAUCUUAAGGAAGUUAUGACACAAUGUAAAGGGAAAACUUGUUUCAUCCCAGCUGUUAUGAUUCAUGGUAAAUAUCAAAGAUGUCGUUAUGCUUACAUUCAUUUUUCUUCGCGAGAUGAUUUGUUAGCAGCCAGACAAAUGAAUAUUGAAUUCAAAAAGGGCAAUGCUGGUACUCGGCAGUUAUAUUGGAGUAAAGAGGAAGAUCGCAUUUGUAAUAUUUGCAGUAAUCCCACUCAUAUGGCCAAAGACUGUACUAACAAAGAUAUUAACAAAUCUCAUUCUAAACGGUUUGUUAAUGGUGCUGAUAAUUGGAAAAAUUUAAAAAAGUCAUAUGCGGAUGCGGCUAAAUCUAAACAAAAGCCCAGAAAUAGUUCUAAGUCUAAUAAGAAUAUCCCCUCUGGAUUACGUGAUCAAGGAAAAGCUCGCAGCAAUCAUAAUAAUGAUGAGGACGAUAAUGAAGAUUUUAAUAACCAUCCGAUGUUUUUAAAAUUCAAGGAACAAAUUAUUAAUUCCAUAAGGAAGGUUGAAGAUAAAUUGCUCAAUAUGGAGUCACUCAUUAGUGAUACUGGCAAGCAAAUUGGUGAGGUUGUCACGGCUCAACAAGCGCUUAAAUGUGAUAAAGCGCAUCCAGUUUUAGUUAAUAAUAGUGCAGAAGUUAAAGCGAAAAGACGCCGUAAAAGUGAUUCUGAAUCAAGUGAAGAUGAAGAUGAACUUGCGAAUAAUUCUAUUAUUCAAUCGCAACAAUUCCAAAAAUCUGAUCAAAAUAUCCAAAGUAUUGUUGCCCAACAAAAGCAAAUACAACAAAAUCACCAGGAAACUAAAUCCUUACUGUCAUCUCUUUACAACAUGUUAUCUGGCGGCCCUUCAGCUUCAUCAUUAUUGGAGGAUAAUGAUGAAGUUUUUGAUGAUUCUGUCGUUUAA